CUUAGUUUCAUGGCUUGUGGGAUGAAACUAUCUGGUGGUUUUUGUCCUGAAGCUGCGGUACCGCCUGAACAGAUAGGUUAUUCUUUUUGAAUCGUAAUUUACUAAUUCCAUUUCUCGUGAAAACAAAAAGUCCUGCCUUGCUGAUUGUCCUUUUAGUUUCAAUCUAAACCUUCAUAUGGGAAUGAGAAAUGAUUCCUUCAUGGAUAAGUAGAGAUUUACAAAUGGUGUGCUUUGCUUUUAUUCAGAUUGAAGAACUGAAGAAGAAAAUAUCAGUAAUCUCACAGCAGCCUACAUGCAAUCCAGUUUUCAAACGAUUCCUCACUAGACUCCGGAAGGAAAUACUAAGAGUUGGUCUGCCCAGUGACUCAGCAGAAGUCUUUUAUGAUGCCAAAAUCAGAAUGUCCUUCCAAGCCAUGACAGAGAUUCAGGCUCUCCUGGAGGGCGAGGACAGCUGGAGAACCGGCGCUCUGGACAACGCCAUCAGUCAGAUUCUGGUCGAUCUCAGACCACAUGACUACGAGGCAUGGACGUGGCAUUUUGAAGACAGCUUUGGCGUGGAGCUUGACACAAUAUUAAAAAUAGGCCUCUGUGUGCUGGUGAUGGUGGCCAUCAUAUCCACUCAGCUGUGGUCCACGGUGUCCUGGUUUGUUCAGUUCUGGCGGCUGUUCGCUGUCUGCUUCCUUGUCAGUAUUGUCUGGAACUGGCUCUAUCUGUACAAGAUUGCCUUUGCUGACCACCAAAGAAACCAAGUGAAGAUGGAGAACUAUGAAAAGUGCACUGGAAUUAAGAAAUUUGACUGGAGUGACAGCUUGAAAGAGUUCUUCAGAAGCACCUUGACUCUUCAAGAUGACCCCUGUAAGAAAUACUAUGAAGUCCUUCUGGUCAACCCCAUUCUGCUGGUACCUCCAACCAAGGCGAUCGCAGUUACCGUCACGACCUUGAUCACGGAGCCGCUGAAGCACAUCGGGCAGGGUAUCAGUGAGUUUCUUGUUGCCCUCCUCAAAGAUCUACCGAUUACCCUGCAGAUCCCAGUUCUCCUCACCAUCGUGCUUGCCAUUGUGGUUUGCAUGUAUGGAAGUGUGCAGGCAGCCUUCCAGUAUGGCAUCGCUGCUCCUUUCCGCCGACCUCGCAGGGAUCCCCCUCCUCCACAGCUGGAGCAACAGCAGCAGCCUCGAAUCCAGCAGAUCGAGGGCGGGGACUACUUAGCAGGCGGGGACUACUUAGCGGGCGGGGACGCACCACAACCUGCCCUGAGGCUCCGAGCUGCUCCUGCUAAUGGUGGAGGGAACCAGGUUGGUCAGAGGCGGCCCCAAAGACCCAAGGAGGAGCGAGCCAUAGAGGUUGUGGGAACACUUCACGCAGCCGAGCCCCCCUACAGCGAGGAUGAGGCAGAUACUGCGCAGAGUGAGCCGGAGCAGAUUGUCUCUGCUGGGUCAGAAAACCAGACGGAGACACAAGAGAUGGAAGGAGACAGUGCUGCUGCUAACACGACCAAAACAGAAUCUAAACCCGCUGAAUCUCCAGCAAAAUCUAAACCUCUGAGAGGGAAAGAAGUACCUCCUCCAGAGCAACUCAGCAAAGAUAGUGCGGCAGCUCGCUCUGAGCCAGAAGGAAGGCCGCGUGCACAGACUGAUGUCCAGCUUUACCCAUGCCAAAAUGGGAUGGAGAGUAUUCACAGGCGACAUAAAUUGCAGGACCUGCAGGCUCCAGCAGAGGACAGGACCCCCUCUGUCUCGCACGUUGAAACCGUCGGAGUUUCUGUUCAGGAGACGUCUCCAACAGGAGCGGAGUAGGCAGCUUCUGAGCAGGAGGAUUUAGCGUCUUCAGUGUUUGGUGCUUUUUGUCGGACUGUGAUGCAAAGGACAGUUACGACGUACAGGCAUUGUUAAAAUGUGCAUGCACAACAUUUCAAAGGUUCAAUCAGGGAGCCAGUCCAGUGUUGCCAACUAGCUGUAUAUUUCUGCCGUGCAGCCAAAGGAAGGUAUCUUUCCCUGAGUGUAGAUACCAAUGUUGUUUGAUGAAUCUGUUAAUUAUUUCAGGUUUAUUUUUGCUUCUGCUGUAUUUCCUCAGUAAGAAAGAGCUUAACAUUGUAUUAAUUGCACAGCAGCUAGACUUAAACAGCUAUCAGGGAAACGGAUUUGUUGAAAGUCAGUAUUGUUGACUUGAUCUGAUGUUUCAGUUUUAGGAAUCAUGUUCUUACAAACUAGGUUUUCUUAGUUUCACUGUAAUGAUAACACAGACUGUUUUGAUGAUUACAAUGCACACUUGAAAUAUAAAUGUAGACUUUGUAACGUAUAAGGGAGGAAAAAGAUUUCCUAGUGCUGUUUUCACAAAAUGAUAUUUUUGUGAUUUUUUUAUGUUUUGUAUGAGGGCUUAAAAGUUAAUGUUGAAGUCAAUUGUUAUGGGCAGCAGUGCUAAUUUACUAAAAGUGGUAAUUAUGAAUUUCAUAGAUUCCUAAACCAAAGUCUACAUUACAAAAUCAUUGAUAUAAAUGAUUUAAUCAAUAAAAAAUUGAAUAGUCAGGUAAGUAUACUGUCACAACAGAAAAUGGGCAGCAAUACAGUCUUUCUCUCCGCAGAUUGUUUAGGCUUUCAGGCUCAAAGAUUUAAUUUGCUCGUUUCAUUGUAGACUGUAGAAUUUGCUGGACACAAACACGACUGUAAAUGAAUGAUAAUGAGGCUACAUGUCUGUUGACUAUGCUCAAAUGUUUUCAACAUUAACUUUAUAAGGUGAUCAUAUAUCCAUGUUGUGGGGGCAGUUUAUUGUCACUGUCCCCAAAUGGCCAAAGAAAAAAAAAAUGUAAAUAAAAUGAACUCCUUUAGAAAUAAAUAAUGUUUCCUAUCAGGUUUUUAAUUCCAACACUGUUACAUUAAGGGGUAAUUAUUGGUAGGCAAUACAGUAUUGUUCGAUUUUUGCUUUUUCUAGUGUGGAGUUACUCAGCUAAAAUAAAACCGAAAGAAGAGGUUUGGCAAUUUGAAUUUUUUUUACUUAUGUCAAAUCCCUAUGUGUUUGUUUUUUUGUAGAUAUGACCUAGGAUUGGAUCAUAACGGGGUAUUCAAAUGGCGGACAGGGCUGUAUCAUUGUGGACACUGAUGUCAGCUUCUUUGUAUUUCUCCCUUUUUUUGCACCCAGGGGCGAUGUUGCUUGCCAUAAUUAAAAGCACUUGGUAGAUACAGGCUGAUUCCUAUGAAUGAGGACUAGGGCCACAUGAGAAAAAAACAUUUUUGGAUUUGACCAAAAGUCAAACAAAAUGUUGAGUUCAGUUUUUUUCUCUAAAUUCUGAGAUACUUUUUAGUACACUUUUGGUCACCUCCCAACAUCAUGUGGCUUUAAUU